AGUCUGUCUGAGUUACGUAAUGAGAGUCACAAUAAAGUCCCAUAAAAUCAUUCUCGUAUACCACUAUAAUGUGGUGAUGUGUUCUCUGAUAAAGGCAUAGACGUUCAUAACCCAUGAAUACAAAGUAUAAUUGUAAAGCGCUCUCAUCUUUCUCCAGCUGUUCAAACUGCAAGAUACCAUCCAUUGUGUGUCAUUAUCUUCAAGUAUUUUUUUUAGAGAGAAAAUGGGUACUAACAUAGACGACCUGCCGCUCAUCACGGGAAAUCGUAUGGUGAAGGGUCUAUCUCUCCCCAACUGGGUUUUAGAAUUAAGUAUAGAUGCCAUGGAAACGUUUCAAGUUCGCCACGAUGAUGUAUACGUCAACACAUAUCCAAAAUCAGGUACGCACUGGAUGUUGGAGAUCGUCGGUCUCAUCCUAAAUGACGGUUACCCGGAAAGAAUAAACCGAACCGCUUGGUCAUCUUGCAUUGAGAUGAUCGAUUUAGGUAUCAAUAAGAUACCCAAGACGAGAAAAGAAGAAUUGGCCAACCCGAUGAUCAUGACGCCAUUUCUGGACGUUGUGGAGAGAGCGCCCUCUCCGAGAGUUAUGCAAACUCACUUGCCGUGGAAUCUUCUGCCGCCUGAUAUUCUUCAACGAGCCAAAGUGGUGUAUGUAGCUCGGAACCCCAAAGAUGUUGUGAACUCCUUCUUUAAUUUCUUAGGGCAUACUCGAGCCUUUGGUAACGCUUCAUAUGACCAAGUCGUUAAAGCCUUUAUACACCAGGAAUAUAACUUCCGUUAUGGUUCUUGGUUUGAUCACGUGAUGGCUGCUUGGGAGCUUCGAGAUGAAGACAACAUUCUCUUCAUGUUCUAUGAAGACAUACAAAAGGAACCAGUGAAAUCCAUUGAGAAAGUGGCCGAAUUUCUUGGACGCCCUCUUUCAGAAGAAACAUUGCAGAGAGUACUUGAAAAGAGCUCUUUCAAGGGAAUGACAAAAACAUACAGGGAAGCGAAAGAAAAGGCAACAAAGAACGGAGAAGCAGACUUUACAGUUCUCGACGUGAUGAAAAAAGGUACAAGCGGGCAGUGGAAAGAACGUUUUACAGUUGCUUUAAAUGAAGAUUUCGACGAAUGGUUUGGUAAAAAGAUGAAGGAUACAGACAUCCGAUUCGAUUUCGAGUAGAAGGAUCAAAUCUUGAAAACAUUUAUCUAAUCGUUUUAUGCAUCCAUUAUUUUAUGCAAGGGGAGGAGGAAAACACAUCCUUUGUAUCUUAUACUUCAUCUGUGUAGAACCUACUUAUUAAAACUUUGUGGAAAGAAAGGAAUUCCUUUCAUAAGAAGGGUUCAGACUUUCAUUUUUGUUAUACACUAACUAACAAUUGGUAUUUAUUUUAGCAUGCAUUAUUAAAUAAAAAAUCUAAUAUGUUGUACACUCAUAGAAAAUGAAUUUAACUUAAUUUGUUAUGUAGGAGCGAAUUAAAUAGAUGAAAUCGUAGCUGUAGAAAGUACCCCAAAUCUUCCUCCUGUUAUUUAAUGGAGAAUAUGCAUGCGUUGUGUAUUUGGACAGGUAUUGUUUUGCGGUUUUCCAUUAGUUUUUGUCCUAUAAUGAUUCGUUAAUCGUAAAAAAAAAUCCUGUUUGGAGUCACAGUAUACCCUGUGAAUUCGGUUGUAAAAACGCUGUUUAAAUUUUCAAGCACGUUUUUAAAGCACGUUAAUAAUAAUAAUAAUAAUCCGCUUUUAUAUAGCGCUUAAUACGACGUGUCUAAGCGCUUUACAGAUAUAUUAUUACCCCGGUCAUCGGAUUCAACCAGUCAUUCCCGCACACAAUGUGUGCACAUCCUCCACUCCCUGGGGAGUAUUCCAGUCAGUCGCAAGUGAGGCGCACACAGUACUGGACAAGCUGCAAUGACUUUCACAUCCUACCGGGUACCCAUUUAGCACCUGGGUCGAGAGUGGCAAAGUGUUACUCUAACAACAAGUUGUUUAAACUUUCGAACGAUUUUAUUUAAACAAAUGGACAAUGUUUAAAACUUUAAACCAUAGUACAUUUUAUAGUGACGGGCUUAAACAAUGUGCUUAAAACUUUUACCAGCGUGUACACAGUAUUUUUUAAGCUAUGUUUUAUGAGUGUUUUCGAAAACUUGUUUCUAUUUCAAUUAAUAUGUCGGAUUAUUUACGUAUGGAUUUCCUUAUCUAAAAGUUACUGUAUUUAGUACGUUUAUAUAGUUUCUAAGUCAUCACUAUUUCUCCUCUUGGCUUUAUAUUAACUGUGCUUCAUCAAUGUUCAUCAAAGCGGCUUGUUUUUUUUUUCUUUACUCCUAAAGUCUUUAACGGUAUGCGCUUGUUCACUACACUGUAAAAAAAUAUUGGGUAAAUUUUUUUACCACCAUGAGGGUAAUUAUGUGUCCAACCAAUUUUGGGCAGUAUUUUACCCAAUGCGGGAAGCAUAUUGUCCAGUAAGGUUAAAAAAUAAGCAGCAAUUACUUUUAAAUGGGCAAAAUUUUCAUCACACUGGAUAAAAAAAAAUGCCACAAAAGCAUCCAAGUUGAUAUUUCAAGACUUUCUGAACGAUAAAACAUUUUUUCUGAACAAGUAUGUUAUGUCUAUACCAGAUCAAUUACUUAAAAACAUUAUACUUCUUUAUUUCUAUUAUUUUAAACAUUGUGAUGUUUUACGUUUUUCUUUUAUAUUGAUAUGAAUGGUUUCCACUUUUGUUUUAUAAUGUUUAUGUAUUUUCAUUUAUGCUGAUGUUUUUUUAAAUCGUCAUGUUUUUGUCAUUUAUAUCGUAUAUAUAUAUCUUUUUAAAUAAAUCAUUUGAAUGUUUUGAUUUUUAAUCGUUUUCUUGUAAUUAUCUUGGCCUCGCCUCUCUGAAAACAGCUUUAUGCUGAUUGCGGGCAACUAAAUAUUAUGUUUGGUUUUUCUAUCAGUGAAUAAAUAAAGUCAAGCAAACAACAAACAAACCAGAUGACUGGCAAAAUGAUCACUCAUAACACGAUACGAGUUUCUUUUAUGAGGACAAUCAAUUAGCAUUAUAAUAAUAUUAACAAGCUAAUAUUGUGCUAGAUCUCUCAGAUACUUAAACUUUUCAUUCCACCCGUUUUAAACAAGAUAUAAUGAUUAUUUCGAUUAUAAUUAUAGGCUUUGUACAUCCUUCAUUUUUUCUAUUCAUUGUAUCUCCGAGGUGCACAUUGACACUAUUAAAAAAAACAGCAAAUCUUCAUAAGGGUUCGAUUUAUUAAUUUUGGUGCCAACUUUUUAUACCAAUAAAUUUGCUUUAUGUUCUUC